AUGUCAUACCAGCUUAGUUCGUUACAACAAACGACAAUAGACAAACUAAAAGAAUUAAUUUAUACAAUUCUUAACAAGUUUGAACAAAUGAUCUCCACUUACGAUAAAUCAAAAACUUUAUCCAUUCAAAUACAAAGCGCCAUGAUAUCAACUGUUUUAUGUUCACAGACUUCAUGUGAUUUUUUCAAGCAAGUACAAUACACAGAAAUUCAAAAAGAAACAAUUGAAAGUUUUAUUAAUACAACAAAAGACCUUCAAAAAGUGUACAAAGCUGAGCCAAACAAAGAUAUAUUUGUAAUAUUUAUUAACAGACUUUCUGUGUUAAUAUCAGAGGUAAUAACUUUCAAUACUUCCAUCGAAAAAUUAAAGAAAUGUGAUUUAUUAACCGAAUUAGAAAAUGUAAAAUCCAAUUCAGUCCAAUUAAAUUCAGUGUUAAUACAAAAGGAUUUCAAAGGAAACAAUUCAGUGGGUAUGGCACAAAUAUAUCUAUUAAAAUACAAUAUUUUAGAUUGCCUUUUAAACAACUUUUAUCAACUCCAAGUUAAAGAAAAUGUAUCAACACAGUUCAGACAAAUGUUUUUAAAUGCAUUAAGUCUUUAUUAUGACCAAGAAAUAAACACUGUUUCAAUGAAAGAAAUUAAAGACCAAGUUCCUUAUCCAGUUUUUAAAAAAUUUAAUGACUUUGUUUAUUAUUGUGACGAUCAACAUGCAGAUAAAAUUGAAAUUGCUGGGGUAGUACUUCCAGCAAUAUUAACAUUAAAAAGUGAUGUAAAAUCAGACAAACCAAAUUAUACCAUCGAUUAUUUACUUCAAACACAACCACUCCCAUUUAUAAAAGACCCUUUAAAAUCAAUUGAUGAUUUAAAAAAUGUAACAGAAUGUCUACAACAUGUGACUUUUGAUAUAGAAAAUGCUCAGAACAAUUUAAAAAUACUUCAAAAGGAUACAAACAAAUUAAUAACCAACCAAACACUUGCUCAGAAUUAUAUUCAAAAUUUAAAAUUAGAAUUAAAUCGACGUGUUGAAGAAGAGAAACAGGCGAUUGUUGUUGCAAUAUCAUUUGAAGACUAUUUCAUGGAAAUAACAAAGACUGUUGUGAUUAAAGAAAGUAAUGGAGAUGUUAAGUACUACACAUUUAAAAUCACACAAACAAUGAAUGACGGUGAAAUGUUCUCAGUUGAUAACAAAUUCUUCAUAUUAAAAGUAGUCCAUCAAAAACUUAGAAGAGAAAAUGAUGAUGUUGUGUGUUAUUUAAAUGACGACGAAAUCAAAGAACUAUAUAAAAAUGUUAUUAAUACUUUGAGUGUUUUGGCGAUCAAUUUUAUGUCAAAAGAAAUUAAAAGUGAAGAGAAAAGAGUGACUGGUGCAGGUUUUAAAAAGAAAAGUGGAGGGUUUGGCGAUUUUGUUAUUCGGAAAAUUAAUAACAAAAUACCAGAAAAUUUGCCAUCUGCUUUAAAAGAACAAAUUUUAAAAGAAAGAAGUUUAUUGAAAAAUGCAGAAAAUUUACUUUUGGACUUUGCAAGUAAAAUCCAGUCAACACAGAUAUUGAUAGAAACAGAAAAAAAUAAAAUUAUCGCAAAACAACGAGAAAUUGACAAUUUAAAUCAAAAAAAGAAGAAACUUGAAGAAAUUAUAAUAAAAGAAAAAUUAAAAAUUAAAAGAAAGAGAGAGGAAUAUGACCAAAAAAUAUGGGAAGAAGGCGGACAAAUUGAAAUAAUAAUAAAAGAAGCACAAGAAGAGCGGAGAAUUGCACUUUACAAAUUAUCACAAAACAAAAUGGUAAGUUAUAAAGAAAACAAAACCAACACAAAUGGACUUUAUCACUUCGAGUUUGAUAAUCAAGAAUUUUGUGUUAAAGAGUGUAUAGAUGAUAAAGAUAAUAUUUUUGAUAUUAAUACAGUUGGAAGAGGCAAAAAUAAAAUGAAGCAAAUGAACGUCAAAUUAAUUGGAAUUAAUAAAAAGGAUAAAAAUCAUGACUUUAGUAAUACACAUGAAGUGUUGGACAUUCUUUCUAAAGAACAAAAUGUGAUUGUAUUUGAUGUUGAUAUACCAAAAGACUAUAACAAACGUGUGUUUCCAGUUGUUGUGUGUCACUUAAGUCAAAUCAAGAUUAAUACAAACCUCCCAUUGGUAUUUCCAGUAGAAGUACCAAGAUGUGAUAGUGUAUGUGAAUAUAUUUAUGUGAAUGGAUAUGAUAAAACGAACAAAGAUCAAAAUGGAAUAAUCGUGUUGCAUGUUCAUCAAAAAGGUGUUGUGGAGUACAACACACUUAAAGUAAGUAGUGAAGAAAUUGUAUUCGAAUGUAGUGGAAAUUAUACAAGAGAAACAGAAAAAAGCGAAAUCAGUGAUAUGUAUUUAGACGAUAAAAUAGAAAAAGUUAAUUGUUCUUUAAAAGAUCAGUCACUUAUAAAAACAAAUCAAAAUAAAAUAAUUGAAAUUAAAAAGGCACAAACAAAUAUAGUCAAAAAAGAACCAAAAAGGUGGGAAACAGUCGAACAAAAAGAUAAAACAAAAAAUGUGGUUUUAAAAAAAACAACACCAUUAAGAAAAGAUAUGACAAGUUUAAAGAAAGAAGACAAAAUAAAAAAAGGUAAAUACAAAGAUAUAACUCGUGAAACAUUUAAAACGAAAGAUUAUGAAACAAUAAGAUUUGACGAUUUAUAUUUUGAACAAUGGGAACGUCUCAAAGAAAUUGAGAAAAACAAUAACUUUGAGUUAAUUGCAUGUCAAGGGGUUCUUUUUAAAAUAUCACUUGGAAAUUUUUUUCUUUUUGAAAAGGAUGGUGUAGAGUAUCAAGUGUCUAUCAACAAUAAUAUAAGAAAAUUCUUAGCCCAUGAAAAAGAUGGUGUUGAAAGUUACAUUUAUAAUGUCGAAAAAAUUGAAGAAGAGAAAAGUUUUGUUACAGAUAUGUCGUUUACAGUUACCAAAAUUUUAAUUGAACAAAUCAAGAAGUCACCAUAUCAAAAAGUGUUUGGUGUUGUUGUUGGGUCUGUUCAGUGGAAAAACUUAAAAUCUGAACAAAAGACAAUGCACAUUAUUAUUCCAAUAGACAAGGAUUGGGUUAACAAGAACUUUACUUUUAAAAUCUCCAAGAAAUUGGUUUACAAAUCGAAAAAAGCGUCUGCCGAGAAUUUAGACAGCCAAAUUGUUUUUAGAAAGCAGAGCCAAAAGAUAUACAAAGAAUUUGAAGACCGCAUUAUUCAAUUGGAAGAUACAAAUAAAAUGUUAACACAAAAGAUCAAUGAAAAUGAAAAUUUAAUAAAUCAACAGGAAAAUGAUAUUACAGCCAAACAAUGUGUUAUUAAAGCGCUCCAGACAACAAUCAACAAUUUACAACAAACUACACCAAAAGUUGAACAAAAACGUGAUACAAUGGAAUCUGAGUUUAAUAUUCAAAAUUACAAAAAAGACAAAAAAAUGGUUGAAAUUAUUAACACUGAAAUUCCACAACUUUUGUUCAUGAAAGGCGGCAAUUUUAGUAUAAACAUUCACGAAGAAAUUUUAGAAUUUAAUGUUCCUCAAUACUCAGAAGAGCCUAUUGUGUAUAAAAUUGAAGGUAAAGGCAGAGUCGAUGGUAAAGUUAAUCAAAGUUUAAUGAUUACCGCUUCGAUGGAAAAAGAUGAGAGUUGUGUGAUCAUUGGAAAAGACGUUUUUAAAUCGAUAGCAGUGUCAAAGGAGUUUAUUGGGAAAUAUAUUACUAUACCAGUCACUGUGUUGGAUUAUCAAGAUAAUAUUCAAUUUGUUGUUCAAGACGAAAUCACAUUAAAGAUCGCUAAUUAUGGAUGGUUUGAAAAAGAAAGUAAAAUUAGAGGUGAUCUGUUUAUCACUAUUAAAACUGUUUAA